AUGCUUCAGUUCCUCUUUAUCGGUUUCCUCUUCGCCGGCGGCUAUUUCCACUACAUGUGGAAGGCCGAGGCGGCCAUUGGCGUGCCCUGGGAGCCCGACCUCGGAUCCCGCCAGUUCGCUCAACGGCCGCUGCUCCCCCCUAUUGCAAACACCUUCAUAGACACUUACGAGCUGCCUUUAUCUGCCAAAGGGCGUGACGUAGUCGACUCCAAGGGCCGCCGGUUCAAGCUCUCAUCGGUCAACUGGUACGGCGCCAGCGACGAGCUCUUCGUCCCCAGCGGCCUCGAUAUGCAACACCGAGACGUCAUCGCCCAGACCAUCCGUCGCUUGGGCUUCAACUCGGUCCGCCUGCCCUACGCCGACGAGAUGGUCAUCGCCAACCCGACCAUACUCCCGCACCUCGUAUCGCAGAACCCGGACCUGAUCGGCCGCCGCGCCCUAGACGUCUUCGAGGCUGUCGUAACGUCGCUCACCGACGCCGGCAUCGCCGUCAUCAUCAACAACCACAUAACCCAUGCUACCUGGUGCUGCGGCGCCGACCCCUGCGACGCCGGCUGGGCCAAUGACCACCUCGGCCCGCUGUGCCGCGUCUCCCAGACCGAGGAUGACUGGAUCGCCCACUGGGAGACGGUCAUGUCCCGCUUCACCGAGAACCCGCGCGUCAUCGGCGCCGACCUCCGCAACGAGGUCCGUGGCGUCUGGGGCACCAUGACCUGGAACCGCUGGGCCACGGCCGCCGAGCGCUGCGCAAACCGCCUGCUCAAGAUGAACAGCGACUGGCUCAUGAUCGUCGGCGGCACCGAGUCCGGUAAUGACCUGCGCGGCGCCCGCGACCGCCCCGUUCGCCUCGACGUCGACGAUCGCGUCGUCUACUCGGCGCACGUCUACGCCUGGUCCGGCUGGGGCUCGCGCGAGGGUCGCUACAGCAAGCGGCCCUACCCUUCCUUUGUCGCCUCGAUGCGUGAGAACUGGGCCUACCUGGUCGAGGGAGACGUCGCCCCCGUCUGGGUCGGCGAGUUUGGCGCCCCCGCCCACCCCAGCGUCGGGGACGCAAACUACUGGCAGAACCUCAUGCGCUACCUCAAGGCCAUCGAUGCAGACUUUGGAUACUGGGCCAUCAACCCGCGCAAGCCCAAGGAUGACGCAAAGGAGACGUACUCGUUGGUCGAGGAUGACUGGGUCACUCCCAUACUAGAUUACAGGAUGAAGGACAUGACGGAAUUGAUCAGGGCGUAG